ACCACAGCUCAGUAGGCUAUCAACUAGACAGUAGUGACCCAGUGCCUGUCCAGACUGGUCCUGCCUUGCCAAACGGCUCUGAGGCUGACAGCUGCUGACUGGCGCACAGAGGAGGAUGAGAUGAGAGAGAAAGGAGGAAUAAGCUGCGCACUGUGAGAGAGUUUCUGAAGGAAGGAGAGGAGGGAUAGACGCUGCUGUGACUUUAUAACUAGAGGAAGAGGGAGAGGAACAAUGUCUUAGAGGAGGAGGAGUUGUUUGGACUGAGCUGAGCGGCCUACUGGGCCACAUAAGACAGGACUAGCCCGGGUCUAGCCUACUGUUGCACGGAGGACCGGCCGUCACGGUGGGAGCGGGCGGGCUGUUUCCGUCGGGAGCCGCUGGGUAGGUUAUUGAAGAUGCAAACAUCUGCUCCGGACAACCGAUAAGCAGCGAAGGCGAGCUCACUGCUGCAGCAUCCGAGAAGGACCUGCGUGUGUGCGUGUUGGAAGGGCGUGCAUGAGAGAGAGAGAGUGUGUGUACGCGCGCGCGUGAGUGCGUGUUUGUGUGUGCCACUAUGAGUCUUGUGUCGGGCUUCCCUCACCACCCGGUCAUGCACCACCACGACAGCCACCACUAUUCCUUGCAUGCAGCGGCCGGUCGGUGUCACGAGGACACCGGGGCUCCUCCGUACUUCACGAGCUGGCUGAUAAGCCACGCGGAUAUGAGUCCAACCGAGUACAGCCUCGCACCCGGGUACAGCCCUGAGUACCAUGGCAACAGCGGCGGCGGGUCCACCGGCGGCCUGGACCCGCACCAUCACCAUCACCACCACUACGGACCCGGCGGCUUGGUCCCGGGGGCCAGCGCCAUCUCGGUGAAUGGAGCCACGGUCGGUAUGCACCACCACCACCACCACCACACACAUCCACGGCCCGUGAAGCGGCGACCCACGGCCAACCGUAAGGAGCGGCGGCGGACCCAGAGCAUCAACUCGGCCUUUGCGGAGCUGAGGGAGUGUAUCCCAAAUGUCCCGGCCGACACUAAGCUGUCCAAGAUUAAGACGCUGCGGCUGGCCACCAGCUACAUCUCCUACCUGAUGGACAUCCUGGACAAGGACGGACAGCACGGGGACACGCAGGCUUUCAAGGCCGAGCUGAAAAAAACGGAGGCUCGGGAGGAGAGGAGGAAGAGAGAGGCGGUGGAGAUCCCAAAGACAACGUCAUCAUCCUCAUCGUCAUCCUCCUCGACAGCGGGCGAUAAGAAGAGUAAAGGACGGACAGGAUGGCCUCAACAUGUCUGGGCCCUGGAACUCAAACAGUAGCGCCUCCUUCCCUCCAUCCCUCACUCCUUCCGUCCUGACAGCACCCUGUCCCUCCUCCAGCUCCUCCGGGAGAGUGAUGGGACAGUCAUGGCGCGCUCUGAUGAACUGUACCGGCGCUCAUUAUCAUCAUCAUGACCUCUCUGGACCUGGAUCGAGAACGGUGGACGCUUGUGUAGCUCCGUUCAUGUUGGUGAGACACGAAGAAAGUUGGAGUUCCUCGUAGAGCAUGAUUUAAGAUUUAUAACUCCCCACACCUUUCAUCAGCGAUCCCUGAUUUCCUCCUUAAAUUGUACCCCGAGAAAAAAAGGGGGUCGCCAAAUGGAAAUAUCCCGCAUGUUUUAUCAAUCAUCAUUCCCCUAUAAUUCAACAUAUUUGAUGUCAGUGGAAACUUUAGGACAGGCUCAUUUAAAAUACAGUCUAUAAGCUUGGAUGUGCGUCACAGCAGCUGGGUUGGAUAGGUUUGAUAAAAUCCAUCGUACAUUUGAAUCAACAGGAAACACUGCAACCAGCCCAGUCUAAUGAAAUAGGUGCUGUUUGGUGGAUGGGAUGUAUGCCGAAUUAAAGAGUGGUCUAUAAAAGCUCUCAGGUUCUGUUCUGCCAGAUGUGUAGGGCCCUACGUUUCCACUGAGCGAAUAUACCACUGCUUAGAUAAUGAACGGAGACCGGCGGAGUCUCUCUUCCUGCAGAGGGGAAACAGGACCGGGAUAGGCGGAACCAUUUCUCCCCUUUCUCUCCAAACACCUCCCAUUAAAACCACCACACACACACACACUCUCUCUCUCUCUCACACACACACACAUGCACGGGGUGUUGACGUGCUCUCUGCUUUAUUUAACGGAAUAUAUUUAUGUGCAAUGCGGCCGUGAGAAGGACCCGAGCAGCCACUGCGCUGACUCACACCGGACAUUUUACUGAGCAGGCCUACCUUUGAUUAAACGACAAGGUGUAUGUGAAGUCUCUCUUUCUUUCUCUCUCUCUCUCUGUCUCUCUCUUUUCUCUCUCGCAAUUUCUGGGUUGUAAAUGUAUUGACGUCACGGUGAUGACGACGUGUCCGUGUUGUGGUGUGAAAAAUGUGGUGGGAGACUAAAAUAAUGCUUUAUGUGGGGUGUAAACAGUGUCAUAAAUUUAAUAAACCACCACCUGGUGAUGCAAAGUGGA